CCCCGGCUGACUCGGCCCGCUCCGCACCUCACACACGGCUCGCCGGCGGCAGCCGCCAUCUUCGCGCGCGCGCGCGCGCCCCAGCCCCACCCCCAAACGCGGUGCCCACGUGACAGCUCGCCUCUAAACGGGCGCGUGGACUGUACUUUUCGUCACGUGACGGUGGGGCGGGGCCAAGAUGGCGACCCCCAGAGAGGUUUGGAUCCAGUGUCUAGGGCGAUCGAGGGUGUGAUGAAGGCGGAAGGGCGGCGACUUCUGUGCCUUAGGUGGGUGGUGGAGGCUGACCGCGCACCAGCUAUCAAGAGUCAGACAGUGCCCUGCAGUGGAGCUUGCGGCCUCUCCGCUGAAGAACGGAGAGAGAAGGUGCUGGCUGGGUGAAGCUGCGGCUCUCUGCCUGGCGGGGGCUUGAGUGGCCCAGAGUCCAAGGCGUCCCUAGUCACCCCGGUGUGCACGGGGUCCCAGAUCUAGAGACAUGACCCGAGAGCGCGCUUCCCCGGCCCCGGGGACCGGAGCUCCGCUGAGCGGGUCGGUGCUGGCAGAGGCAGCAGUGGUGUUUGCAGUUGUCCUGAGCAUUCACGCAUCCGUGUUGGACCGAUACUCGUGGUGCGCCGUGGCCCUCGCAGUGCAGGCUUUCUAUGUUCAAUACAAGUGGGACCGGCUGCUGCAGCAGGGAAGCGCGGUCUUCCAGUUCCGGCUGUCCGCCAACAGUGGCCUCCUGCCCGCCUCGAUGGUCAUGCCUUUGCUCGGACUGGUCAUGAAGGAGCGCUGCCAAGCUGCUGGAAACCCGUACUUCGAGCGCUUUGGAAUUGUGGUGGCAGCUACUGGCAUGGCAGUGGCCCUCUUCUCAUCAGUGUUGGCACUGGGCAUCACGCGCCCAGUGCCCACCAACACUUGUGUCAUCUCAGGCUUAGCUGGCUGUGUCAUCAUUUAUAUCAUGAAGCACUCCCUGAGUGUGGGGGAGGUCAUCGAGGUCCUGGAGGUCCUGCUGAUCUUCGUCUACCUCAACAUGAUCCUGCUGUACCUGCUGCCCCGUUGCUUCACUCCUGGGGAGGCACUGCUGGUGUUGGGUGGCAUCAGCUUCAUGCUUAACCAGCUCAUCAAGCGCUCUCUUACUGUGGUGGAAAGCCAGGGGGACCCAGUGGACUUCCUCCUGCUGGUGGUAGUGAUAGUGAUGGUACUCAUGGGCAUCUUCUUCAGCACCCUCUUUGUCUUCAUGGACUCAGGUACCUGGGCCUCCUCCAUCUUCUUCCACCUUAUGACCUGUGUGCUGGGCCUUGGCGUGGUUUUGCCCUGGCUGCACCGGCUCAUCCGCAGGAAUCCCCUGCUCUGGCUUCUUCAAUUCCUCUUCCAGACAGAAACCCGCAUCUACCUCCUAGCCUACUGGUCUCUGCUGGCCACCUUUGCCUGCAUCGUGGUGCUGUACCAGAAUGCCAGACGGUCAUCUUCGGAAUCCAAGAAGCACCAGGCCCCCACCAUUGCCCGGAAGUAUUUCCACUUCAUUGUGGUAGCCACCUACGUCCCAGGUAUCAUCUUUGACCGACCACUGCUCUACGUGGCCGCCACUGUAUGUCUGGCUGUCUUCAUCUUCCUAGAGUAUGUGCGCUAUUUCCGCAUCAAACCCCUGGGCCACACUCUGCGAAGCCUCCUGUCUCUCUUCCUGGAUGAACGGGACAGCGGACCGCUCAUCCUGACACACAUCUACCUGCUCCUGGGCAUGUCUCUUCCCAUUUGGUUAAUACCCAGGCCCUGUACACAGAAGGGCAGUCUGGGGGGAGCAAGGGCCCUAGUCCCCUAUGCUGGAGUCUUGUCCGUGGGUGUGGGUGACACUGUGGCGUCCAUCUUCGGAAGCACCAUGGGGGAGAUCCGCUGGCCUGGAACCAAAAAGACUUUCGAGGGGACCAUGACAUCUAUAUUUGCCCAGAUCAUUUCUGUAGCUCUGAUCUUAAUCUUUGACAGUGAAGUGGACCUAAACCACAGUUAUGCUUGGAUUUUGGGGUCCAUCAGUGUGGUGUCCCUCCUGGAAGCAUACACUACACAGAUAGACAACCUCCUUUUGCCUCUCUACCUCCUGAUAUUGCUAAUGGCCUAGCUGUUGUGCAGCAGGAAUGGAGGAAACAGGGACAUGUGGAGGAUGGAUGUCCCCACAGCAGCCAGCUCCCUGGGCAUGAAGAGCCAAGGGGUGAGAAGCAGAUUUGAUUUUGCAGUUGAUUCAUAAUCAGAAUAAAAACUAAAGCUCUCCUGGUCUUCAUUUUGCUGAUAUUAAAAAGGAAAAAAGCUUAAAGGGUAGUGCAUCAACUCAAAGGACUUCAGUGUGCUGUAGGGCCCCACCCCCACCCCCACCCCAUGCACACACUUUGCAAUCCUCAGAGGAGCUGGAGCAGACGCUGGAGGCCAUAUUGCAUAAUGGUUAACACUCCAGGUUCUGGAGUGUCAAACUAAACUGGCUGUACCACUUCUUAACUGUGUGAGUGGCUUAACCACUCUGGGCCUCAAUUCUCCUGUCUGCAAGAUGGGAAUAAAAAGAGCCCAUACCUCACAGGGUGCUGUGAGGGUCUGGUGAGGUGAGGUGUGUACAGCCUCCAGCCCAGGGCCCAGACACCAUGACCCGCCAGUAAGGGAAAGUGUCAUUAUUGCCCAAGGCCACUCCUCCUAUGAGCAAGCCAACUGUUGUACUUUUAUGGGUUGCACUUGGAGACCAGAGUGACCUUGGCUUUAUUUGGAGGCAAACCCAAGAGGAAAAUAGCCAGAUGCCAUUCUCCCAGUUGGAUUAGGAAGUGCCAAAGGGUAGCCGUGGGAUUGAUUUAUUUCGUGGGAGAACAGGCUGGGGAAGAGGAGCAGAUUGCUCCCCACUUCUCACCCAGCCUGGCAGGGAGGGGCCUAGCAGGAAGAGGUGAGAACCUUUGGCCACUAAGAUCAGAAGCCAGUACUGGAACUCCGGGGAGCUCGUGGAACCACUGCCACACCCUUCCCUCAGAGGAAAGGACUGAGACAUUCCUUUGAUGAUCCCAGGAGAGAUGACAAACCCUUCCCUUCUCCCAGACUCCGUCCUGCUGGCCGAAGGAGGUGGCAAAAGAGGAGCAGAGCAGCAAGUCCAGGAGAGGCCACAGCCGCUUUGCCUCAACUUGCUGUGGCCUUAGAAACGGCUCUGUCCUCUGGGCCUUGGCUUGUCUGUGCAUAUAGUAGGGACUGGAGGUCAGGGUCACAAACUCUUGGCCACUGAGGCCAGAGAGAUGACGCAGUGGAGGAGAACAGGAGCAGUGGGACUCAGAGCACACGUGCCUCGGGAGGCAGCCGCAGCCGGCCGUCAGAGGGCCAGACCACAGGCCCGUGCUGUUGGCCUGUUCUUUCCCGGAAGCUGAGAAAUCUGACAGGUGACUCUCCCGAUUGUAAAAAGUCUUUAUACCCCUGGCUGGUGUAGCUCAGUGGAAUGAGCACUUGACCUGCGAACUGAAUGGUCACCAGUUCAGUUCCCAGUCAGAGUACACGCCUGGGUUGUAGGCCAGGUCCCCAGUAGGGAGUAUGCAAGAGGCAACUGGUUGGUCAAUGCUUCUCUCCCUCCCUUCCCCUCUCUCUAAAAAUAAAUAAAAUCUCUAAAAAGUUUUUAUAAAAGCACCAAGGCCCAGACAGAACACAUCUGUGGUCUAGAAUCAGCAAGUAGCCUCUGAUUGCAACCUCUGGGCCAGACCCAGGCUAAAUAGGCCAUGGAUUUGGUAGUUGUUCCUUUUUUCCCUUUCACUGAUUUCUUGCAGUGACACUGGGUAACAAAAUGACACAGGUUUCAGGUGCUCAAUGCCACAACACAUCAUCUGUAUGCACUGUGCUCACCCCCCACCCAAGGAUGUGGUAGUUCUUGCAAAACACCUGGGUGCCUACCAAGCAUGCCCAGGCAGGAGGGGACCAUGGAGGCCCUUGUCAGGCCCAGAGGAGGAAGGGCCUGGACUGAGACCUGGAAACUGUUUGGUCACAGAGCCAGGACCAGAACCGGUGACUGGAUUCCCAGCCCCGGUCCCGUCCCCAAGGUCAGAAGCACAGGCUCUGCACCAGGCUGAGCUUGCCAAACAACUGAACAGCUAUGUGACCAGGUUACUUGUAAAUGUGGAUGGUAAGAGCACCUACUGCAGACAGAGGUCCACUGGUGUGAGGACUCCGUGAGACACACACGCCAAGCUCCUGACACAGUGAGCAAGUGCCCGCUAGCUGUGACUUGCCGUUAGGGCCUCACCAGGCAGGGGUGGGGUACCUGGAUGAUUUCCGGCAGGGCCCUCGAGAACAGAGGGCGUGGGUCAGAAGGACCAAGAAGCUGCAUUUGGAAGUCAUCUUUAUUCAAUGUCUUGCGCUGUAGUAGAGUUCUGUCUGGGAGGAGACAAGAGUAAGAAACUGCGAGAGAAGUAGCCAGGACUCUGCUGUAGCCGAGAGGCUGCCUCUAAGAGCAGCAAUUUUCCACCCGUCUGUUGCAGCACCAUGGUGUGCCGCGAGGAUUUUUAAAACAAGCAAUACGUGACUAUUUGGUUGGGGGCACUGACCUCUUUUCCCUCAGACUGUCAAAUUUUUUAAAAUGACAACAGCCAAUACAAUAGCAGUCCAGUAUGAUGAAUCAAAAUUAUAGCUAUUUUCUUGUCAGAUCUUCAAAAAAAAUUUUUUUUGACGUGCCUCUGGAUUUUCGUAACUAGUCUGUUUGUGCCAUGAAAUGAAAAAAGUUGGAAAUCACUGCUCCGGAGGGAGGUUGUAUUUGGGGUGGAAGAGACACAUUUUGGGAAAGGCACUCAGCCGGGCCCCUGCUGCCUGGUUGCCAACUCUUGCCUGCCUGUCUGUAGGGCAAAGGGGCACAGACACUGGCAGAAGGAGAGCCCGGAAGGAGAGAUGUGACUUCCCCAUUGCCGCUGGGCAGUCAGGCGAGGCGCUG